GAAGAAUCAAACGCCCUCCAGCAAAGCUUGGACGAGUUGGCGUCACUAGAGAAGGACAUGAGUGUCGCCGAGAGAGACUCCGAGGUCUUUCGCAUCAAGAGAACCCAACACAUCUAUGCAUCUCGUCGUGACAUCCUCAACAAGAUCCCCACGUUUUGGUACAUUGUGCUUGCUGAAAACGACGACUUUGCCGAGUACAUCAGCGUGGAGGACUUGAAGUACUUGGAGCUCAUCGACAACAUCUAUGUCCACUACAACAUAGCCGACAUCGAAAACCCCAGUGAGGACGACCUCAAGCACUUCAAGGACUUCUACAUCACCAUUGACUUCAGCUCCAAGGACGGAGUGAUUCCUGACCAGAAAGUCACCAAGCACUUUAAGACCAUCAUUGAAGAUGGCGAAGAAAAGAUUAUCUCCGAGCCGGUUGACAUCAAGUGGCCCCACGAGUUGGACGCCAUCAACCCUGCCUUGAUCAAGAAGAACAAGGGCAAGCAAUUGUCUGCAGACGACAAGAAAAACUAUCGUCUUGGAAUGAAGUCGUUCUUUUCGUGGUUUGCGUGGACAGGAGAGAAACCUGGCAAGGAGUUCAGAAACGGAGAAGACUUGACCAGAUUGAUCGUGGACGACUUAUUCUUGAACGCUACCAAGUACUACGUGUUGGCACUUCCAAACGACGAGGACAGUGAUGACAGUAAUGAGGACGACAGCUCCGAGGGCGAAGAGUUGGACUUGAGCGACGACGAAGUC